GGGGCGGGAGCGGCCGCGCCGGGCCGCCAGGGGAUGGGUGGGGGGGGGCGACUUCCUGGGGCCGCCCGUGAGGAUGUCGCGACCGCCCCCCUGUGCCCCUCAGCCCCGGAGACGCCGCCGCGGCGAAGCCCGCAGCCCCCCUGUCUGAGGCGUCGGGGCCCGGAUCCGGCCUCUCCCCUCCCCUCCUUACCCAGGUGCGGGCCGGGCAGGCGGCCGCGGCAGGCGGCACCAUUCACUCUGCCUGAAAGCUGCUGCUGUUGGUUCCUGAGAUGAUCUCAUCUGAACAUGGCUCCAACAACCUCGGUGGCAGGAAUUGGAGGCAGCUUGCUGUCUGCUGUGGCAAUGUUUUGAAACAGGCAAAAUCAGAUUUUAUCAUGUGGGCAACCUGCUGCAACUGGUUCUGCCUGGAUGGACAGCCUGAGGAGGUCCCACCAGCCCCCGGAGCCAGGACACAAGCCUAUUCCAACCCUGGGUACAGCUCCUUCCCUUCCCCAACAGGCUUAGAACCAAGCUGCAAGGCGUGUGGAGCCAACUUCGCAAACACAGACAGGAAGCAGACCUGUUUGGACUGUAAGAAAAAUUUCUGCAUGACCUGUUCCAGCCAGGAGGGGAAUGGGCCCCGCCUUUGCCUUCUCUGCCAACGGUUCCGAGCCACAGCCUUUCAGCGGGAGGAGCUCAUGAAGAUGAAGGUGAAGGACCUGAGGGACUACCUCAGCCUCCAUGACAUCUCUACUGAAAUGUGCCGGGAGAAAGAAGAACUGGUAUUCUUGGUGCUUGGUCAGCAGCCUGUAAUCUCUGAGGAGGACAGGACUCAUGCCCCCACCUUGUCCCAGGACCUUCCCGAGCAACAGGCCUUCCUGACCCAGCCUCAUGCCAGCACAGUACCUCCUACCUCACCCAGCCUCCCUUCUUCACCUGCACAAGCCACCUCUGUUCCUCCUGCUCAGGAAAGCCAGCAGGCCAAUGGCCAUGUGUCUCAGGACCAAGAGGAGCCUGUCUACCUGGAGAGCACAGCCAGAGCACCUACCGAGGAUGAGACCCAGUCCAUUGACUCUGAGGAUAGCUUUGUCCCAGGCCGGAGGGCCUCUCUGUCUGACCUGACCCACCUGGAGGACAUUGAAGGCUUGACGGUGCGGCAGCUGAAAGAGAUCCUGGCUCGCAACUUUGUCAACUACAAGGGCUGUUGUGAGAAGUGGGAGCUGAUGGAGCGAGUGACACGGCUGUACAAGGAUCAGAAAGGACUCCAGCACCUGGUGUGUGGUGCUGAGGACCAAAACGGGGGAGCAAUGCCACCUGCACUGGAGGAGAACCUGUGUAAGAUCUGCAUGGACUCACCCAUUGACUGUGUUCUGCUGGAGUGUGGCCACAUGGUAACCUGUACCAAGUGUGGCAAGCGUAUGAAUGAAUGUCCCAUCUGCCGGCAGUAUGUGAUCCGAGCUGUUCACGUCUUCCGGUCCUAAGGGCUUGCACCGGCUUCUUCAGUGCCUUACGGGGAUAUAGCCCAGGGCAUCUGGGCUCAGGGUUGGUCAGCUUGCAAAGGGGCAGGCUAACAGGAAAUUUUGUAGUGUUCCCAAGACCAGGGCAAGCAAAGAUGCCAUAACAUCCCUUGGCAUGCCUGUCUUGCCAUAGGGGUGCACCUCUUGGCUGGCAGAGCACCCAAAGCCAGUGGGAACUGGUACAAAUCACAUGGAUGAGUGCCUGUAUCAGUGAUCUUGGGUUGAUGGCAGUAACUGAUCAACAGAGGACUUUCCAGCACUUGGACCAUGUCUUCCUUCCUCUGAGAACCUAGACACAUUUUCACCCUUCCUCCUGUAUCCCACUCAUCCCUUGAAAAUGCUUGCCUCUAAUCAGUCAGAAGUCCUCCUAGAAAUGCUUCCUUUCUUUGAACCCAGCACAUUUGAAUUUAAACUUCUGUUCUCUCUAGCUUUCUGUGCUUUCUUGCUAUACUGCCUAAAAUCCAUUUGUUUCUUUGGACCAAAAAUGUGUUAGUUUAUGUGGUUAAGACCAGCAAUGGUCCUUAGGACAGAAUUUGGAUCAGUAAACUUAUCUCUGGUGAGAAAAUUCUAUAGAAAAACGCUAUAGAAAAAUUUCAAGAUUGUGAAGUCACUUCCUUAAGUGUUGGGAUUGGGAGCUAUUAGUCUCCUGACCUGACUCAGGAAGCUAACAAAACAUCUGACUCAACAGCUGGGAAGUCUAGUCUGUGUGUGCAAGGGAUAGUGCAUGGAUAUUCUGCUUCCUCUUUUUGGGCUUGACUUUGCACUAUCCUUGAACUUCAGAUUAUGAGGAAGGGGGAAGCAUUUGGUGGAGGCAGUGGCUUUCUUCUUAACUUUGGCUUCUGAUUGUCCUUUUCCUAUAGGCAGGAGUCCUAACUACUUUAACGAAGUCUCUCCCUUUCCCACUGAGGUUUUAAACUUGGUCUCACCCAAGGCAUAAGAGGCUUAGGCAAAGAGCCUUGUUCUCCUCUAGCCAGACUUCUCAUGAAGUUCCUGGAAAACAUACAUAUAAGAGCAUCUAACUAAACAGCUGGAAGUCCCUGCUUUCCUUUCUCAUUCUAUAUAUUUGGGAGCAGGCAAGAGGUAGCAUUCUCUGGACCCUUUAUGAAGGACCACGUAAUGAGUAGGUGAUGUUUUUGAGGUAGGGUUUUUACACCCCUGGAUGAGCUGAAGAGCUUGUUUGCUGGAGCAGUUCAAUAGAGACAAAACACACAUGCUAUUAGAACUGUGUGUGUCCAUUACCAAUAGCUGAAAUAAGUAAAUCCGUGGAAUACCUGAAGGCCUUGGCAGAAUCUCCCCUCCCCCAACAUGGUGCAGCCAAGGUCUGAGACUAGAACCAAUCAGUCAUGACUCCAGAAGGCAAAGGGAAACUUCUAAGGGGACCUAUUAUAUUAGUAAGGUUUUCCCUCUGUCAUCAACCACUUAACACCUUAUGAGGAAUUAAACAAUUUCAUAAAGUAGUUGGCAGUGGAACUCUGGGCCACUUGACUUGACAUUAUACUAAGAAUAAUCUGGGCCAUAGAUGGGAUCAGAUUUUCCUGUCAUGACUCUGCCUUCCACCUUUCUGCUGAAUAGUACUGUAGUUUAUAAUGCCCACCUGUUUAGCCAAGGGUCACUGAUUCAUCUUCCUUAAUUCCACUGUGAAACAGGUCUGUGUGUAUAUGCAACUCAGUUAAGAUCUAGCAAUAACUUCAAGGCUCUCCCUCCUUUCUCUGCUGAGCCCUCAACUCCCCUACCUCCCAACUUCCUCCUUGAUAGGAACUCAAAAUAAUAUACUGAUUGCUGGUUAGUGACCUCAGUUAGAAUUAGAACUGAUGGCACUGACUCAAAGAUAAGAAUUUGCCUUUAAAUCUCUUACCUUUUGGUGAAGGUCUCCAGUGGGGAAAAAAGAUGUCAAACAACCCAUUUGCUUUUGUAUUGUCUUUAUUAUUACACCAAAUAAAAGUUGGGAGUUCCAAGAUCCCAUUCCAGUUCAUAUUUAACCCAGGUAGGAAAACUGAUGUUUUAUCCUCGAGUCUUCCCUCUUGUCCCUCAUGAAUCCUUGGUCUUAAUUAUCACAGCAAUGUCUAAUUCCUCCAGUUAUUCUGUGGCUUUUGCUGUGACUGCUGAGAUUUCAGUUGAGACUUAUUUUAAAAGACGGACAGGUUCAUAAUACCUUGGAAUAGUUGGAUCCAAACUAAUAAGAAUAAGCUGUACAGGAAUUAGUGCUCAAUAUAUAUUGUAUAAAUUUGUUGAAAUCUCUUGGAUGUGAAUGUGUUACUUCAAGUGGCUUAUAUGAAGAUUCUCAGACUCACUUGGGUGUUAAAGCAAACCCAAAUGUGUAUUUUUUGUUACAGAGUUCUGCUUUAUAAUUUUGUAAUAAAGUUUCAACAUAGA